UCUCAAAGUGUUUGGUACACCAAGCCAUAAAAUGUAAUAAGUAGAAAAUAUCACUGUUGUGUGUAAUCAUUUCCGAUGAGCACGUCAUUGUGAACGUUUAUCAAUUUCCGCUAAUGUUUGGAAACAUUUCUACCACAGACAAUCCUUAAAGAUCACUGCUACGAAAAUGUUAAUCCGAGGUGCUGUGUUUUUUCUUUUAGGACUUGUUAGUGUUAUCAGAGGACAAUCAGACCGCUGUGCAUUUGAUACUUGUAAAGAAUGCAUACAAGAAAACGGGUGUGUGUGGUGUAUAAACCCUCUUUCCCCAAAUGGCAAACAACUUCCUCAUUGCCGCCCUAACAACACCACAGACCAAGACACAUCUAGCUGGUGUAGUAAAUCCGAUGAUGUUGUUUCUCCAAAAGCUGAAUUGCAUAUCAACACAGAUGAGGAAUUUUCGGAAGAAGAAGGAAAAACUAUACAAAUGAAACCCCAGAGAGUACAAAUAUCUUUGCGUAAAGGUGAAAAGGUUGAUUUGAAGUUUCAAUUUAAGAACGCCGAAAACUAUCCAGUUGAUCUUUAUUAUCUUAUGGACUUAUCUAAGUCUAUGGAAAGCUAUAAAACAAAACUGGCAGAACUUGGAAACGAAUUGGCGAAGCAGAUGAGAAUCAUUACAACAAAAUUCAGGCUGGGAUUCGGUAGUUUUAUUGAUAAACGGGAUUUACCAUAUGUCAGUACUGUUCCUUCAAGAUUACUGUCUCCUUGUGAAACUGAUGGGAAAAUAAAACAAAAGUGUGCCAGUCCGUAUAGUUUCAAACAUGUUGUUUCUCUAACCAAAGAUGACCAGAAAUUUGUGGAGGAAGUAAAAUCAGCUAACGUCUCUGGAAAUUUGGAUUCACCUGAAGGUGGCCUCGAUGCUCUUAUGCAAGUCAUGGUUUGUAAAAACAAGAUUGGAUGGAGAGACCAGGCUAGACACUUAUUAAUAUUUUCCACGGAUGCAGAAUUUCACAUAGCUGGCGAUGGAAAAUUGGGAGGAGUAAUAGAACCAAAUCCAGGAACAUGCUAUUCUAGUGACGACGAAUUCUUAAUCUACGAUUAUCCUUCAGUAUCCCACAUAAAUUAUGUAGCACAGCAAAACAAGGUUAACAUAAUUUUUGCUAUUGUAAAAAAGGGAUCUGGAAUAAAAGCGUCAUACCAACAACUGUCUAACAACAUUGACAACUCAAAAUUCGGUGAAAUAAGCGAGGGCAAAGAUAGUAAUAUCAUAAAGUUAAUAGUGGAUAAUUAUAAUACAAUAGCGCAAACCGUUAGUUUUAGAUCCAACGCUACAGAUGAAGUAGAUGUCACAUUUUCGUCAAGUUGUGGAACAGGCCACACAAAUCGUUGCAGCAACGUUACAGUAGGUCAAAUUAUUGACUUUACGGCAACUAUUGAACUAAGGCAGUGUCCCCAAGAUGGCCAGAAGACAAAAAUUAUAGCUAUCCAACCAGAUGGUAUUAAUGAGAGUUUAAUGAUUGAGUUAAACCUUUUGUGCGACUGUCCAUGUUCCGAAACAAACAUUGAACAAAAUUCAGGAAAAUGUAACGGAACAGGUGCUUUGACAUGCGGAGUAUGCGACUGUCCACCAGGAAAAUCGGGCAAAUUCUGUGAGUGCGACCUUCUCACACAAAGUAAAGUAGAAAAUGUCACAAAAUGUAUGAAAGAAGGCAGUAAUGAAGUGUGCUCAGGAGCAGGAAUAUGUAAAUGUGAACAAUGUGUAUGUAAUAUAAUUCCCAAGAGUAAUGAUCAAAAAUAUACAGGAAAAUACUGUGAAUGUGAUAAUCUAUCAUGUAAAAGAGAAAAAGGUUUACUAUGUUCCAACAGAGGUAAUUGUAAUUGCAAUAAAUGCGACUGUUUUCCUGGAUAUAUGGGAGAUGCGUGUGAAUGUGAAACAGCUGUAACGAACUGCAGACGUUCUAGUAGUGACGAUAUAUGUUCCAAUAAUGGAAAAUGUGUAUGUAAUCGGUGCCAAUGUGCUAUAAAGGAUAAUAAGAGAUAUUCUGGAAAAUAUUGUGAAGAUUGUCCGUCCUGCGAAGCAAAGAGAUGUAAUGAAUUACGUGCUUGUGUCGAAUGCCAAGCUUACAAGACUGGAAGUUUAAAUGCGACGUGUGCUACGUCAUGUACGGAGUUCCAAACACAAAUCGUACACAAAUUGGAAAGUGAAGGUCUGGAAGAUGUUAAAAAAUGUAGAGUCCCCUUUAAUGAGUCCUGCUUCAUACAUUUCGACUAUUAUUAUGUAGAAGAUAAACUGGUUGUAAAAGCUUUGGACCGAGAAGUCUGUACGGGUCCAGUGGAUCCCUUACCCUGGAUAUUGGGAGUUAUUGCAACCAUCCUUAUAGCUGGAUUUAUUAUGUUAUUGAUAUGGAAAAUAGUGACUUCAAUUCACGAUAAGCGAGAAUAUGCCAAAUUCGAAAACGAACGUCAGAAACUCAAAUGGGGAAAUAAUCAAAAUCCACUAUACAAAGAUGCUACAUCCACUUUUGCAAAUCCUGGUUACAAAAGAGCUAGUGCAAGAUUUUCAUUUAGGAAGGAGUAAAAAUGUUAUUUCAAAUUGUAGGGAACAAUGUUUAGGACAUGUAUAUUUAUUAAUACUUGAAGCUUAAAGUAAAAUCCAUGACAGAUUUGUAUUUUAGUGACGUAGUUAAAGUAUUGUUAAAGGAAAGACAAUCUUCAUUAUUUAUAUACAAACAAUGGCAUAAUUAAGAUUUUCAUCAGUUAGUAAAACAUAUCAAUUUAUUAGUAGGUAUAGCCCGUUUUAUUUUUAGGCGAUAAUUUCAGUUUUUGUCAAUGCAUAUGAGCAAAUACAUUUUAAGAGCUUAGUUCUAUUAACGUUCGUUUUUUUUAUAUUUUAUAAUAUAACUAUUUAGUGCUGAUAAAGGUGUAAAUUGAUUGGUAUUUUGUACAGUGAAAAAAUUUAGCUAGAAAUUGGUUCGCGAUAAUAUAAUAAAUAGUUUUCUCAGUAUUCGAAAAAAAAAAUGUAUUUAAAAGGCAUUGGCCCGAAAUUUUGCGCCUACGCUUAUAAAAAAUAACAUCUCUAAAAUCUUAUUUCUAUUGCAACGGCAAGUAUUUUCAUAUCGUGCCCAAAUAACUGUAGAUAUCAUUUUAUAUUUUUUUAUUAAAAGGAAAAAAUGGUACUUGAAAAAAAUAGUUAGUUUUGGAAAAAUGCCAGUAUUUUAGUUUUUUUCCGUUUUUCACAAUAUUUGUAACGUAUUGUUUUUAAUGUUGUUUUUAAUGAUAUUUGUAGUAGUUCAUUUUGUGAUACAUUAUAAUAUAACAAAUAAAUUAUAUUAAUAAUUCGA